AUGGCUCUCAAAGUUUUGAGACAACGCAAUCGCCAGCAGGAGUUGAUGGAUUUCUCAUUGAAGGAUGUGUUCGAAAAACUCCAGAUGGAUCACCUGCAGUUCCAGGAUUGGCUGCGCUCUAUGGGGCCAAUGUCUACACCGUUAUGCCCAUCGUGCCAAGGAUCCAUGAAGCCGAGGAACGACGAGCACCACAAUGGCUGGGUGUGUAACCGAAGAUCGUGCCGUACUGGGCCGACAAACGAAACGAAGGUCUACGUACUUGCUAGAAAAGGCUCAUUCUUCGACAAGUCCAACCUCGACGAGUCGACUGUGUUUGCUCUGACCUAUUUUUGGCUCCACGACAUGGGAAAGGUAAAGGACAAAGCAUACGUGCUUCACAUGAAUCCUCGUACCGUUGUUCACUGGGAAAAAUGUUUCCGUGACAACACUUUAGAAGGAACCCACCAAUCAUCGGAGGAUUCGGAUGUGAAGUGGAAAUCGACGAAACCCCCACCAAUCAUCGGAGGAUUCGGAUGUGAAGUGGAAAUCGACGAAACCCUGGUUACUCGGCGCAAAUACAACCGAGGACGCUGGGUGCGUAGACACCAAUGGCUUUUCGGAGGCAUCGAGAGGGGAAGCGGUCGAGCUUUCCUCACCCUUGUUCGGAGAAGGGAUGCCCCCACUCUCCUGCGUCUCAUUACGAAAUACGUAAGACCUGAGACCACCAUAUUCAGUGACAGCUGGAGAGCUUACUCUCAAAUUUCCACCCUGCCCCUCGGAUACAGACACCUCCAGGUCAACCAUCAGUUGAACUUCGUCGAUCCCAGAACUGGAGCACAUACUCAGCAUGUUGAGUCACUGUGGCAAAAAUACAAGGAAGUGGGAAAGCGACGCUACGGCAUUAACAACGCGCCCGAUAUGAAGACUACAUGCAGGAGUUCUUGUGGAAAAAAAUUGGAGAUCGACAUGAGGCCCUGUACAACUUCUGGGACCAGGUAG